AUCCUUAUAUGCUUCCUUCAGAUAUCCUUCACACAUCUUCCUCUGUCAUUCCUUCCCCCCAUCCCUCCUUGCUAGACUUGUAUCCUUCUCCUUCCUUCAGAUAUUCUUCACACAUCUCCCUCUGUCAUUCCUUCCCUCCGUGCUAGACUUGUAUCCUUCUCCUUACAUGCUUCCUUCCAUUAUACAUCCUCUCCACAUCUUCCGUCGGCCCCUUUCACCUUCCUGUCACAAGUCGCUCCUAGAAGCAGUAGCGGGUCUCGUCCAUCACUGAGUUCACACCUGGAGGGCGAGGGAGGUUGGUGCGUAAACUCUCCUUAUCUCGGCAACUCGCGCUGGCUCACGUGUUGGCGGGAAUACGGGGAGCACAGCUGAGCGGCGUGAGUGUCCUUGAUGCAGCGGCACGGGCCAGUCCAGGACGAUGGAAGAGGAGGAGGAGGAGGAGGAGGCGUUGUGUCGAUAAAAGGGAGUCAGUCACCAUAGCGACGCAUCCCGCUCCCUCUACUAUGAGAGUUUCUCCUUAAGUUGCAUUCGUCGCUCUCCUCCUCCUCCUCCUCUAUCUUCUCUCGUGUACCGAACCUGAAACUUACAUUAACCGCACCGCAGAGGGAGGAAAGCACAGCACCACCAACAGCAUAGGGUUUCACGCGCGCCAGUAAUGCAGGGCAGCGUGUCGUGGAAGGAAUGCUGUCAUCCUGCCGCCUCUGUCUCUCCUGCACGUGUGUCUCGCUGCUGGCGGCUGUCAACAGACUGGUUUCGCGCCAAUUGUGUUGUCUCCCCAUAGAGGAAUGCCGUCUUAAUAUCAUCAAGUUCUAAUCAUCCCACUAUUCAUGAGCUAAGAAAUUCUAGACACCAUGCUGUUUAUUAUCAUCAGUACCAGCUCAGCCUCCACCAUCAAGGAUCGUCACCUACACAGUGCCGUGUCGCUGCGGCGACCGUCACAGUGCUUCAUCUCCCGAGGCAUCAGCGACACUUCUGGCGCUCGUCCAUCACUGGAGCCGCUGUAUGACCUAGCCAGUUCGUCGCCUCGGCUAGUUUGUUCCUGGUGCGUAUCGCGUAUGGGCCGCACUUGCUGGGCGAAGGGGAGGCAUGUAGGCAUGAAAAAUGAAUAGCCAUCAGCUGUUAGGGCAAGGUGCGGGGCCUGGGUGGGACUGGGCGGUGGGUGGCAACCCCUCCUCACGGAAGAGCGCAUGAGUCCGUCAGGGGAGGAAGAGUAGGAGGAGGAGGAGGGCCAGGAGGAUGAGGGGGAGAACAACAUGGGGUAGCAGACGACGCCGUAGUGCCUCAGCCAGUUAGUAGUGUGGCAACCUCUGGCCACUGCGGACGAGGGUGUGAGGCGUACGUCCCUCCCAUCGAUUGAUCAGUGUCUUGGCCUCACGCACGCACGCAAUAUGGCUGUGGCUGCUCACACGUGAGUGAGACCCGCGGCUGAGUGAUUGGGUGAGCCAGCGUGUGGCGGCGGAGAGGCCUUAGGGUGGUGCAGGAGAGGUGGGCGUGCGGUGUGGUGGUGGCAGUAGUCGUGUGGCGAGUGACGGGGUGCUCUCUCCCCAACACGUGGUGCCUGGGGGGGGCGUGGUGCUGGCGGCCCUCGACAGGUGCUCUCAGGUGACGGCACAAAGGUGGGACGCGACUCCACGACACUGCAGAGAGAGGACCGUCCUACACACCUUGCCUCACGCCACCUUGCUCUUUGUAGUUGACGAGGAGCAACACACGAGGCGGUGGUCGUGGAGCAGGUCGUGGCUUUUCGUCCAGCAGGUUGUGGCGUCGUGCCGGCGCUCCUCAGGGCAGGAGACCGACAAGCAUGACAGGGCGGCGAGGGAGGCCCUGCACACUUGCUGCCCACCUGUGUCCCGGCGUGCAGGAGGCGUGGCUACAGGUGCCCCAGCCCACCGCCACCCUCCCAGCCCACGCGGCUCAUUACUGUGAGCUUCUUUGACCGCCGCCCUUCCCACUUCCGCGUCUUCCAUUUUCCGCCUCAACUUCCACCAACCAGUCGUCCAGCAGUCCUUCUUGCCUCUUUCGGUGCCCUUAGCCUUCUGUGCCUCAGGCUGGAGUGUCGGUGCCUUUCGUCGUGACUCGCUGUGGUGUUCGCGGCCACUGACGUGUAGAGGAGGCUGUGGGAGCGUGUUGGUGCGGCAAGGUGCAUCUCAUGCUGGACUCGUGCAAUGGUGUGUUUCGUGCUGAGUGUCCAGGUCUUCUCGAUGGUGAGGGUCAGGCGGUAGAAGCAACUGUGCUGCUGCUGCUGCUGUUGUUGCUGUCUCGAGGGGACUAAUUACUGACUCAGGCAAGCUGUGUGGUGAGUCAUGUGUGGUGUUGGCCUGGACGAGGUGACGGAGGGUCGAGGUAAAUAAAGCAGUGCCCGCUGGUGCAGACUUGAGAGUGUUGGUGGUGCAGCAUGGUGCGUGUAUCGUGGGGCGGCGAGGUGGUUAUCGCCGACCUGGCCCACGUGGGGGAGGACGGCGGAAAUGGCGGGGAGGGGGGCCACUCUCUUCCCACCAACGGGAUCCCCACCUCCACCACUCCUCAGGCUCUCACGCCCACCGCCUCGGCCACGCCCUCUGAGACCCCCACCAUCUCCCCGGCGCCCACGGUGUCCACGCCUCCCACGGUGUCGCCGCCACCGCGUGCCCCCACGGCCAUGGUGGAGGGCCUAUCAGACGGGGACGAGAGCGCCGUGUCCACCUCUUUCUCGGACGAUCACCGGUCACUGAGGGACGACUUGCGCGACGACUUCAGCUCGCCGCGGCCCCGCAGCCCGCGGCGCCGUCUGGAGAAGCGGCCGCUCAGCAAGGUGACCGAGGACGACAACAAUAAUGGCAAUGGCGACGGGAACGGUAACGGCGACAAGAGUGCCAAGGGCGACGAGAGGAACGGCGACGUGACGCUGAGCAGUGACGAGUACCGCCGCUUCCUCACGCUGAAGGGCAGUCCUCCCGACUCCCAGAAGCCCCCGAGCCCUCGGCUCCGCCCCCCGAUGACGAGAUCCUCACCUCGGUGGACCGCAUGCUGGCCACCCUCAGCGACCUGGAGGACGAUCUCGAGCCCAUCGACGGCGUGGAUACCGAGAGCGACGCCGACAGCGACGAGGCCGAGGCCAGGCGGGAACUGCUCACCGACAGGUGGCGGCAGCUUUUCGACAAGCUGUGGCUGGAACACUGGGCUACGCUGGGACACUCACAGACACUCAUGGACACAGGGGUGGGACGCAGCGGGGCGCUCACGGAUGCAGGGUUGUCCUCCCCCCCAAGGUGUCAUUAUGAAGAGUAGUCAGGGUCACCACACUCCUGGUGUGGCCCGGCGAUCACCGUGGUGCAGUACAGCAGAGUGCAAUGCAGAAGUGCAGUACAGUUGUUGCAGUACAAUACAACGCAGUACACGCGGCCGCAGAUUCACAUAUGCCCCGCGGCCGCAGGUCGAGUUCAGCCGGUGGUGGAUGAGAGGCAGUUUGCCAUGACCUUUGGAUCAGCUUCAGGGCGACGUGCAGUGGCGGCGGAGGCGCAGCGCGGGCGUUGUGGUGUGAGGCGGGUGAUUAGGGCGGCGGGAUGAGCGGCGGGCUCUUCCGUGUGUGUAGCAGCAGCAAGCACCGACGUAUAUACGUGCAACUACCACGCCGCGCCGCAAUGCUUGGAAGUUGGCAACCGCGGUGCCUGGAGGUGGUGGGGAGGGAGGGUGUCAGUGUGCGUGCGCACUCCCUUCCGUCACCACGUGCGACCCCGCCGCUGCUGCUCACCUGUGGCCACACCUGCUGACGGCCGCACCACUCGCUCGCUGGCAAGGUGUUCGCCGAGCGGCCCGACGCAGGGCUGCAGUGUGGUGUCGCUCCCACUGCCCAGGCUGUUAAAAGGCGACUACACGGCAGGGUUGACCCUCCGUCCUCCCCAGUGGCACAGGGCCACACAAGUGUGCCUCCCUCCCACCAGCGCCCGCUACACUGGGCGUUUGUUCAGUCGACAGUGGUGAACAUAGUUUUGGCAGCAGUGUUGAAUGCUCAGCCCCUUUGGUGUUGAGCCCAGAAAGUGCUGAGAUUAUUAUUUGCCAAUAGAAAGUCCCGACUUAUUAUUGUGAAAGCUUGGUGUGCCUGAUUUUUUAAAUGAAUAAAGUGCUUCGUAAUUACACACGGCUUUGAGUGCUGCUUUUUUUCGGUAGCCUCGUGUGAGGCUCAGCCACGCCCCCCUGUGCUGUGGGCCGAGUGUUGAUAGAGUGUUGCAACAGUGCUCCCUUCUCUCUGCGAACACCAGUAUUACCGCACCAAUAAUAGUGCUCCCUUCUCUCUGCGAACACCAGUGUUAACGCACCAAUAACAGUGCUCCCUUCUCUCUGCGAACACCAGUAUUACUGCACCAGUAACAGUGCUCCCUUCUCUCUACGGACACCAGUGUUAUCGCACCAGUAACAGUGCUCCCAUCUCUCUGCGAACUCCAGUGUUAACAGCACGGGUAACAGUGGUGCUGUACCUUCUCUCUGCAAACACCAAUAACAGUUCUCCCUUCUCUCUGCGAACACCAGUGUUUCUUCACGGAUAACGGUGUUGCACCUUCACCCUACGGACAACAUUGUUAACAGCACGGAUAUAAGUGGUGCAGCACCUUCACCAGCAAGCCCCAGUGUUCCAACACGUGGUUCUACUUGACAGUGUCACACGGCGCGGGGUUUUUGUUGCAUCUUGGUGCUCACGAACCUUACUGUUGCAGUGACCUUCGCUCGUACCUGGUGACCGCAAGGACACUUUGACUUGGAGGGGUUUGGCGAGAUUCCGUGGCCAGACUUCCGAAACGCCCUGGUCCACCCAGAGUUCGUGGCGGCAGUGGACUUGCACAAGCGGGAGCAGCUGGCAGCCAAGUCUCUUACGCCAACCACCACCGCCAU